UUGCGUUCGUCGGUGUGUACGCUACUGGACCAUAUACUGGUUCGGAUCGUAUCAAAAUCAAUCCUUUCUCGUCCACACACUCAUGAAUCAUCGCUCACUCAAACAGCCUUGCCUCCUCCUGUUGAGUUGACCCGAUCCCAUCCGGUGUUAUCCAUCCCUUCCCUGAUCCCCCAUCCAUCGCCGCCGCCGCCGCCGCCGUGGAGACGAUGACGACGACGAAGAAGAAGCUCGUCAUCGACACCGACCCGGGAAUCGAUGACGCCAUGGCCAUCUUCGUGGCGCUGAGGUCGCCGGAGGUGGAGCUGCUGGGCCUCACCACCAUCUUCGGCAACGUCUACACCACCCUCGCCACCCGCAACGCCCUCCACCUGCUGGAGGCUGUUGGGAGGACUGACAUCCCCGUGGCAGAGGGAUCCCAUGUAACAAUCAAGAAAGCCACCAAGCUACGGAUUGCGAGCUUUGUUCAUGGCUCGGAUGGUCUAGGAAAUCAGAACUUUCCUCCGCCAACUGGGAAGCCCUUAGAUCAAUCGGCCGCCGCGUUUCUUGUCGAGCAGGCAAAUCUGUACCCUGGACAAGUUACUGUGGUUGCCCUUGGUCCACUUACCAACCUAGCUUUGGCUAUAGAACUUGAUCCUUCUUUCCCGAAGAAGAUUGGGCAGAUUGUGAUCCUUGGUGGUGCGUAUUCAGUUAAUGGAAAUGUCAACCCUGCAGCUGAGGCAAAUAUAUUUGGUGACCCUGAUGCAGCUGAUAUAGUUUUCACCUCCGGUGCUGAUAUUUUGGCUGUGGGAAUAAAUAUUACACACCAAGUAGUUCUUUCUGAUGCUGACCGGGAAAAGCUUGAACAGUCUGAUAGCAAAUAUGCCCGAUACUUGAGCAAGAUCCUGGGUCUUUAUUAUGAUUACCACAAGGACGCCUACUUCAUAAAAGGAGUGUAUCUUCACGAUCCAGCAACACUUAUUGCUGCGGUAGAUCCGUCACUGAUGACUUACACGGAAGGUGUAGUGAGGGUGCAGACUGAUGGCAUCACAAAGGGUCUCACAGUUUUCGACACAACCAAGAAAAGGUAUGGGGAGAUAACUGCGUGGACCGGUAAGCCAACCGUGAAGGUUGCUGUGACCGUUGAUGCUCCUGCCGUUGUGGAGAUGAUCAUGCAGAGGCUUACGACGGAUGAUUAGCAGCAGCAGCAGCAGCAGCAGCAAGCAAGCAGCCAAGGGAAAAACGCUGCCUUUGUCUUGUUGAACCUGUCGGAUCUUAUAAAGAAUAGACAAUGCUGUAUAUCCUAAAUUCUGAAGAAUUUGCUUUACAUGAUUCGUCGUCGAGGUUGAUCAACAUCACACAGAACUAGCUAGAAACAGCCUGAUGCACUGAUUCAGAGGUUGACAAUCCAUUUCAAUUUUAUGGCCAGAAUUCAUACUACAAAGAGUAAAUUUCAGAAA